GUGGCUGCGGCGGCUGCUGGUGGCCGCGGCGGCCGGCGAGCCCGGGACGCCCGAGCCUGCCCCGAGCCUCGGCGGAGCGGAGUGGCCUCGGCGCUCCCGUGUCCCGCUCGGUCCCCGCUGCACCCCGCCGCCCAGGAGCCCGGCGGACGGCGGCUCCCCCGGCGGCCCCGGCAUGACUCGGCGGCGCUCCGCUCCGGCGUCCUGGCUGCUCGUGUCGCUGCUCGGUGUCACAACAUCCCUGGAAGUGUCCGAGAGCCCAGGCAGUGUCCAGGUGGCCCGGGGCCAGACGGCAGUCCUGCCCUGCGCCUUCUCCACCAGUGCUGCCCUCCUGAACCUCAAUGUCAUUUGGAUGGUCAUUCCCCUCUCCAAUGCAAACCAGCCCGAACAGGUCAUUCUUUAUCAGGGUGGACAAAUGUUUGAUGGUGCCCUCCGGUUCCAUGGGAGGGUAGGAUUUACCGGCACCAUGCCUGCUACCAAUGUCUCUAUCUUCAUCAAUAACACACAGCUGUCAGAUACGGGCACCUACCAGUGCUUGGUGAAUAACCUUCCAGACAGAGGGGGCAGAAACAUCGGGGUCACUGGCCUCACGGUGUUAGUCCCCCCUUCUGCUCCACAAUGCCAAAUCCAAGGAUCCCAGGACCUCGGCAGCGAUGUCAUCCUUCUGUGUAGUUCAGAGGAAGGCAUCCCUCGGCCCACGUACCUUUGGGAGAAGUUAGAUAAUACGCUCAAGCUACCUCCAACAGCCACUCAGGACCAGGUCCAGGGAACAGUCACCAUCCGGAAUAUCAGUGCCCUCUCUUCUGGUCUGUACCAGUGUGUGGCUUCUAAUGCCAUCGGGACCAGCACCUGCCUGCUGGACCUCCAGGUUAUCUCACCCCAGCCCCGGAGCGUUGGAAUAAUUGCUGGAGCGGUUGGCACCGGUGCUGUUCUUAUUGUCAUCUGCCUUGCGCUGAUUUCAGGGGCGUUCUUUUACUGGAGAAGCAAAAACAGAGAGGAGGAGGAGGAAGAAAUUCCUAAUGAAAUCAGAGAGGAUGAUCUUCCCCCUAAAUGCUCUUCUGCCAAAGCAUUCCACACAGAAAUAUCCUCCUCAGAAAAUAACACGCUGACCUCUUCCAAUACCUACAACAGUCGAUUCUGGAACAACAAUCCAAAACCCCAUAGAAACACAGAGUCGUUCAACCACUUCAGUGACUUACGCCAGUCUUUCUCUGGCAAUGCAGCUAUCCCAUCCAUCUAUGCAAAUGGGAACCAUCUGGUUUUGGGUCCACAUAAGACUCUGGUAGUUACAGCCAACAGAGGGUCAUCACCCCAGGUCAUGCCCAGGAACAAUGGUUCAGUCAGCAGGAAGCCUUGGCCUCAACACACCCAUUCCUACACAGUAAGCCAAAUGACCCUGGAGCGCAUCGGUGCAGUGCCUGUCAUGGUGCCUGCCCAGAGUCGGGCAGGGUCCCUGGUAUAGGAGGAUGACUGAGGACACCGUGUUCAGAAGAGAAUAAAUGGACCGCCUUCAGGCAAGGGGGGAGCACUGCCUUCAGGCAAGGGGGAGAGUGGGAUGGAUGAGUGCUGAAAGAUAAACUUUUGUUAUGAUUCCAUUAGCAAAAAGCACAAAGAGGAAAGCUGUUCCUCGCCUCUGAGUGUGUGAAGUGGCCUGCGGUUAUUCCAUCAAGAAGACUCAAGAAGACUGUUUCCCCGCCACAGAUGUCCUGAGAUUCAGUUAAAAUGAAACAUGCUGCAUCUCCAGAGAUGCGCCAAGCCAAGGAGAAUGCUAGGAGCAGAGUAACGCUUACCCCCCAAACCGUGGUCCAGCUGGACCCAUUCUUUAAUUCUUGCCUAACUUAGUAAUUUUCGGGACCCUUAAAGUGCCAGGUGGGAUUUACAUAAUGAAAUUAUUUUUAAAAAAUAGGUGUCCUUAGGGGAGAGAAAGCAGGAGCAAGCUCAUGGUCUGGUCUGGUCUGCCUCUCCCACUCCCUUUGAUGGCUCUAGCGGUGCAUUCCAUCUGAGCUGACUUUAUCAUAGAGGCAAAAUUGUUCAGAACACUGGCUGGAGAUGGGGAGAAAUUAGGAAACUUCUUGUGAACACCCUACACACACACACACACACACACACACACACACACACACACAUUUAUUUACCUCCUCCUGAACCAUGAACUUCGUUGUAUUGGGGAUUUUGCUAUAUUGACAGAUUCUUGUCUGUUACACUCUGGGAUCUCUCACAGGUCCGUGGCAAUUACUGUUCAUGAUUUCCUGAAAAAAAGAUAUUUUUUUAAAAGAAAACUAUUUUUUUUAAACACUAGAGAGACAGUGGACUAGGAAAGCGAGAACUUGACACCUUGUCCGGUGAUUGUGUUCGGUGAUUCAGCAGAGGCCCCACCACACAAGUUUUAGGAGAUUGAGUGGGUGAAACCAGCCGGAGCCAGGUGGGAGGGGCCUUUACAUUGCCGCAGGGCCCCAAAGAAUCAAGAUUGUGUAUGGCAACCUUACUGUCGCACAGGCCACCAUUAAUGAGGACAGCGGCUGAUACCUUUUGUACCGAGGAAGAUAAUUGCCUCUUGUUCGACAAGUAGAGUUUAGUAGGUUAUUACAAAAAGGGCAAGAGUUGUUUUGGUUUUGUUUCUCUCAAAACAUUUUUUUAUUUAUUUUUUUUUUUUUUUUUUUUUUUUUUGCAAAGAAUAACAAGGGUUAGACAAAUGGGGGAACCCUUCCUGUGUGCUCUUGGGGGUCUGCUCAGCAUCUGGAAAUUUGGGUGUGCGAUUUUCCCUGAACGCAUUGCAUACCAGUGUACAAAGAUUCUGCCUCCCCCCUUUUUGGCUAAUUACUGGGCUUGGCUGGCCUUGCAGUUCACAAGAUUCAUUUACAGACUCUUUGCUCUGUAUGGCGCCACCUGCCGUGUCUGUCUGUCCCUACUUGUUUUGGUGACUAUCUUGCCUUAAUCACUUUGCUUUAGGGCAACUCAUGGUGAUUUCUUCCAAGAUCUGUUUUCAGAUUGUUUGGACUACUUGAGCCCACAACUCUCAGAGGACAUUCCUUUUUUUUUUUUUUUUUUCUUCCCCUCCUUUCUUACAUUGUUUUGUCCCUUUUCCUCUUUAUUUCCUGCCUUCUUUCCCUGUCCAAUGGGCACAGUCCUCACAGUUAUGUAAGUGAAUGGAAGCCAUCACUGGCUGCACAUGCUUUUCCAAAAGGGACACUUGGACUGUCACUGUUGUGACCGUUUCAAUGUUGAUAAGAAGGUGAAUUUACUGUAGGGUUACCUUCUCCCCAUUUGAUGGUUCUUGAGUUUGUAAAAAUUUAAAUAAAUGAAUGUCUAUACUUUUUAAGGAAAAGAGAAAAUACCAUGUCACAGAAAAGAUGAAACUAUUAGAUGCUGUUUAGAAAGCAUUUAUCUUGCAUUUCUUUAUUCUUUCUAAUUACCUAAAAUUCAAUAAAAGUU